AUGUUGGAAAUCGGGGUUGGGAUUGGUGGAGUGGCGAAAUUUCCCGAUGCGGCACGGAUUGGUGUUGGGGGACCCCUCCUGUUGGAUCUCACUGCUGAGUUUCCCCCCGGCAGAUUCGUCGCCGUUUCGAAGAUCAGCGGCCCGCGCCGGCGCCUGCGCGUGCGGAGUCCGUCGUGCGCUCCGACGCAGAGGCUGCGGCGCGCCGGGAACAUUCGCCUCGUCGCCGAUCGACAGUGGCGCGUGGUGACGGGCAGGAGAGCCACCGUGCGGAGCGUCACGCCGAGCCUCGGUCGCCUCGGAAGCCGCGAUCACCGCACUCACCACGUUCACCGCGCCGCGCGGCAUCCAGGAGCCGAUCUCCGGACCGGCGGUCGCGUCGUCACCGUUCGCCCGGUCGCCAAGCCACACACUAUCGAUCGCCUGCUCCGCACGUGUCUCGCCCGCGGUCCCCAUCUGCGCGUUCGCCGCGGCCGUCAAAGCGCCAGCGGCUCUACUCUCCUCGUCACGGGGGCCGAUCCCCUGUUCGCCAGCGCCAACGCGUCCCAUCUCGCUAGCAGUCGCCCGCUCACUCGAAUGCAAGUGGACGUGGGCGUCGUGGGCAGCGGGGAGGGUAUGGACGCGGCGAAACUGCGCGUCAAGCGCCGUCCGGGCUUGAGCGCGUUCUCCGAAGCAGGGGCUGGCUUCGUGGGCGCAGGUGGUGGGGAUCCCUGGGCCGCGUAUGCACCCCUGCGUCCUCGCUCCCCUCCACGUGAUCUCGCUGUGUCGUCCCGCCGAACGCGCGCCGCUGCUGUCCUUCCGCCGAUGAAGGAAGUGCCCACGGUGACCCUGGCGCGCUUGUGGUCGCUGGCGGAGAGCCUGCAGAGCCUUGAGCUGAUACUCCUGGAGUCCCAUGGCUCCAUGGCGGUGACCCCACCGAGCACAUUCUCUCAGAUGCCACGAGCACGGUGUCAUGCGGCGGCGUGA